UUCAUUCAAUAUUUAAGUAUUGAGGUUAAUGAUUUGGGGAAGAAGAUGGAUGACGAAACUCAGAUUUCAGCCAUGAAAGAUGAUUACGAGGUCAAAGAAAAGAAGCAAGCUGCUGCAGAUGUCUUGUUUCAAUACUCAAACUUUGUUAUGGCCUGCAUUGGAAAUCAAGUUCGGCCUUGUGAUCUGAGACUACAUUUGAUGAAAGAGGUCUCAGGAUUACCAACUUCAUUGAAGCAGGAGCGACGUGCAGCAUCCUCUCCCGUUACAAUGGGAGAGUCUUCGAGCUCAGGCACUUCGAGACUUGAAACAGACAGCUUUAAAGGUAUCUAGACGCGGAAACUGCAACACUAUCGUUGUUUUUAUUAGUUCAGUUUCUUUUAAAAUACGAGUUUCACCAAUCAUUUGAUGUAAUGGAGGUGUAAAUUGUACGAUUCAUGUCAUGUUAUAUUAGACAUAGUUACGUACAUUCAUGGAGGAUGUUGGAAUUGAUUAAUAGUACACACUAUUUAUACUAUCAAUAUAUAAAACUUACUCUA